AUGCCACCUAAACGUGCUGCUGCCUCCGCCACCAAGCCUGUCGAAUCACGUCCUUCACGUAAGAGGCCUGCAGAUGAACCGAGUCAAAGCCAAUCCAAACGUCCCAGACGGGCUGUUACUUCUACAAUCCUCCCCAAGGCUACCACAAAAACCAAUGAAAACAGGAAACCUGCUCCUACCAAGGUUGCGGCGCGUUCAUCUGUGAAGAAGGAAACUAAACCAAAGACCGCCACAACCAUCAAGAAGACUGCUGCAACAAGCGCUGCCACCAGAAGCAAGGCGUCUAAGGCGCCAAAACCUGCCGGGAGGGCACCAUCUAAGCCUGAACCCACGAAAAAGAAGGUCGUUCCCCGACCUACUCGCGUUAAACCACCCCCUUUCAAUCCACUCACCGCCAUCCCCCGUACACGUGCCACUGCUCCCUUACAUGCCUUCGUCUUUGGCACUGGAGGUGAUGGACAAUUUGGUCUAGGCACAGAUGUCACGGGUGAGAUUCCCAGACCAAGACUACAUACCUGGGCAGAGGAAUGCAUUAACAAGGGAAAAUUCUCCGUGAAGGGGGAUCAGAAGGCCGGUCUGGAGACUCUUGUCGCCGGAGGCAUGCAUUCGCUCGCGAUUGAUCCCAGGGGCCGGGUAUGGUCAUGGGGCGUAAACGAUGAAGGGGCUCUGGGGCGCAAGGUUGAUGAUGUUCUGAAUCCCGAAAGACCAGGUGAGGUCUUCGAGCGAGCGGAAUUAGAGGCAAAUCCAGGCUUGGUCCAAGGUUUACUUGCGGAUUUCCGAGCUGUCGCUGUCUCUGCUGGGGAUAACGUGAGCCUGGCAAUCGGGUCUGAUGGACAUCUUAAAGCAUGGGGCAGUUUCCAUUCUUCAAAUGGUUCUUUGGGGUUUCACAGUGCCUCAGGGGCGCCCAAGAGGCAAAUGACGCCAGUUGCUAUCCCCCAGCUUGAAAAAAUCCAGCUUUCCUCCAUCGCUGCUGGCACGAACCACGUCGUGGGGCUAACUACCGAUGGGCGUGUUUAUACAUGGGGCGUCAGUGAACAAGGACGACUUGGGAGGAGAGUUCUUGAACGACGAUUAAUCAACUCGACUCGCCCAGAUCCCCUCCACCUCCGCAAAAUUGUGGGCAUUGGCUCUGGCUCUUACCAUUCAUUUGCCGUCGACUCUGACGGGGACGUUUUUGCAUGGGGUCUUAACCAGUAUGGUCAGCUUGGGCUUGAACCGGAGGUUGACGCCUCUGGUAAGAAACAGACUGUUGUCUGGACGCCUACGCUGGUCCCCGAGCUUUCACCCUCCGAGCUCUCGCAGGGGGGCUGGAACGAUUCACGUGUUGUUCAGAUUAGUGGGGGGGAACAUCACACUAUCUUCUUGCUCAAUGAUGGCCGCGUAUUCGCUACAGGACGUAUUGAUUCGUCACAGCUCGGGUUACACUCUGAUCAUCCAGCAGUAAAAAAAGCCAAAGAGUCGAAUCUCGAUUAUAUCAGUACUCCAACGAGAGUUCUUUUCCCUCCUGAGCCCAAGGAUGGUGAGCCCAAUCCCGAAGUAGACCCUAAAGACGAGAAGGAAGAGAACCAGAGGAACGUUGUGAAAAACUCUAUCGUAAAAAUCUCGGCUGCUGGUGAUGUAACCCUCGCACUUUCGAAGGAGGGUCAUGCCUAUUCAUGGGGUUACGGGGCAUCUGGUCAGCUUGGUUUAGGUGCUGAUACAGAGGAGCAACGAACACCAUCUCGCGUCCGUUGGAAAGAGACGGACAAGUGGUUUGUUGAGGAUAUCUCUAUUGGUGGUCAGCAUGGAUUCAUUCUCGCAUGCGAGCGAGCACUACGGGCGAAGCAACUGGAAGAGUCGCAAGAGGAGGGAGGUGCUAGUCAAAUCACCGCCGUCGAAGAAGUCAAACUAAAUGGGGUCAAUCCUAAGACUGUAUCUGCCGUUGUAAAUGACCAGCCCCAGGGUGACGAUGUCAUGGGUGAAUCUGAGUAG